GAUAUUCGGGCGGGACUUCCUUUCUCUUGCGGAUGCGAUAUUGGCGUAAGCAGGCAGAAAGGGCUUGGUCGGGGUGUCACUGUUGUCUCCCUAUCCGCGCGGUUCUGGACAUCAAAUAACGGAGCUGACGACGCUGCCGAACCCUCGUAGAUGAACCUCCUCCUCGGCUAUGCUGCCCUGAGAGCUCCGCGAGUAUCCGCCUCGCCAACAUGUCUGAUGUCAACAAGACUAUUCAGAAAUGGCACGCCAGUUUUAGGAAAGGCACAGACUUUGACUCGUGGGGACAGUUAGUGGAGGCUAUAGAUGAGUACCAAAUUUUAGCGAGACAUCUACAAAAAGAGGUUCAGUCAACAGACUUCACAGAGGAGCAGAAGAAAACUUUAGGAAAGAUUGCAACAUGCCUGGAGAUGAGAAGUGCCAGUUUGCAGUGCACGCAGUCAAAAGAAGACUUCAAGUUAGAAGAGCUGAAGAAACUGGAAACCAUAAUUCAAAAUAUUCUGACCUACAACAAAGAAUUUCCCUUUGAUGUACAGCCAGUGCCCUUAAGGAAAGUCCUGGCUCCAGGUGAAGAGGAGAACCUGGAGCUGGAGGAGGAGGAGGAGGAUGCUGCAGCAGGAGCAGGAUCUACAGAAGCGUUCCCCCCGAGAGCCCCCGCUCCGCAAGGUACCUUGUUGCCACGGUUACCGUCAGAGCCUGGGAUGACACUACUUACACUAAAGAUUGAAAAAAUUGGGUUGAAGGAUGCAGGGCAGUGCAUCGAUCCGUACAUGACCAUUAGUGUCAAAGAUUUGAACGGCGUAGAUGUGAACCCAAUGCAGGACACACCUGUGGCCUCCAGGAAGGAAGAUACCUACAUUCACUUUAGUGUGGACGUGGAGAUCCAGAGACAUGUGGAGAAAUUACCAAAAGGAGCAGCCAUCUUCUUUGAAUUCAAGCACUACAAACCUAAAAAGAGGUUUACCAGCACUAAAUGUUUUGCCUUCAUGGAAAUGGACGAGAUCAAACCCGGCCCUAUCGUCAUCGAGCUGUACAAAAAGCCCACCGACUUCAAGAGGAAGAAACUGCAGCUUCUGACAAAGAAACAACUCUAUCUCCAUCUUCAUCAGACAUUACACAAGGACAGCUAAGUCGAGCAGCACGCCCUGAACUUUGAACCAACUCUUUUUUAAUCUCUCUCUCUCACUUUCACAUCCAGCAAAAUGUGGUCUUCCAUCUCGUAACAGCCAGCGAUAUCAAAGGCUUUUUUAUGCUUCUGCGUCAAAUCAAAGGCGUACCCCCGCCGGAGCCCUACGCCGAAGCCUGUAUGUAAAACGUAACACACAUUGCGGCGACGCAAAUCGCUCUGCCGUGGCUUGGUAGCGCUGCAUUUCCCCCGAUUCAUUUCCUGGUUCUCCUUCUCCAUAAACACCAUAAAAUCAAGGAGAGGAUUAACCUUUCCUGCUGAAGAUGUCUCACUGUGGCCAGAAAGCACAGCGGCGAAAACUUAGUUUCUCUCACUAUGACUCUAGAGUCAGUACUCGCUCCAAAGCUAAUCACGGCC